GGGUUGGGUUUGGAGGGUACAGGUCACCGGGUCACGUCACACAGAAUCAGGAGAUGGGCUUAUGGGGUGACGUGCGUCAUGGGGUGAGUAGGGAAUAAAGUAGAGGGGCUGUUUUUUUCCUACAUGUUUGUCCUAUGUUUGCGGCCAAGGGAGUGUGGUGUGCCUGUGUGCAUGUGUUCAUGCAUGCGCAUGUAUGAAUGUGUGUGCGUGUGUGUGUGGGAAUGUGGGUGUGUUGAAAGUGCUGAUGGGCCCCCCAGAAGUCCCUAUCCAUUGCUGUAGAAGCCCCUGGCUGCAAGAGAACAAUCCAGCACUGGGGCUUUGUAGUCAUCUUUGUCCCUGGGGGAAAUGUGUGUGUGUGUGUGUGUUCAUACGUAGGUACAUGCGCACAUAUUAGUUUGUGAAUGAGUGUGCGUGUAUGUAUAUGCCUGAGUAUGUGCAGGUGAUUGGAUGCCUGUAUGUGAGCGUGUGUUUAUGUGUUUGUCCAGUGCUAUAUAUAUAUAGUGUGCUGUGUGCGCGAGGCAGUGAUUCUGCUGAAGAUGGUUGAUGUUCCAGGGUCUCCACUCCUAUCUCUGCUGCUGCUGCUGUGUGUGUCGCCUCUGCCUGCCGCCACAUACACCCUGACCCCUGGCAGACAGGCCCAGCACAAAGUCCUGCACCUGGACUGGCCUAAGGACUGUGGCACGGCCCACUAUAAACCUAACAUGGCUGAACGGAUCGUCUCUGGAAACGAGGCCAGACCUCACUCCUGGCCAUGGCAGGUCUCCCUACAGGUUCGUCCCAGAGGCAGUAAGCACUACAUCCAUGUCUGUGGAGGAACUCUCAUCCACAAGAACUGGGUCCUCACUGCUGCUCAUUGCUUCCAGAAGGGUAAAGCCGAGGAUGCUGGGAGUUGGAGGAUUGUCCUGGGGAAGCACCAGCUUAAACGUUCCGAAACACCCGAGAAGACUAUCCCGGUUAAGAGGAUAUAUCGUCACGAGCACUUCCGUUACCCCACGCACAGCGAGUUGGAUUACGAUAUCGCCCUGGUCAAGGCUGCCACCGACAUCGUGCCCACCAACCAUAUACGCUAUGCAUGCCUGCCGCGCAAACAGAUCAGCCUGAAGCCAGGACAAUACUGCUGGGUGACCGGCUGGGGAGACACUCGGGGUGGAAAGGAGAACGUGUCUCUGGCUGAGGCUCUGAACCAGGCCCGUUUGCCCAUCAUCGACAUCAAGACCUGCCGUCAGAAGAAGUUCUGGGGAGACCGCGUCAGGGACUCCAUGAUCUGUGCCGGCUUCAGAGACACAGAAGGACCACCUGCUGCCUGCCAGGGCGACUCGGGCGGUCCUCUGCUGUGCCAGUUGGGGCGUGACAGGUGGGAGGUGCACGGUGUGGUGAGCUUUGGCCCCAUUGGCUGCACCGUGGAGAACAAGCCCAGCGUGUUUACCCGCACCGCCAAUUACAUCCCUUGGAUCGAGGCUACGCGCAUCAGAGACAUCUUCAUGCACUAGACUAGACCACACACAAUCUGACAACCCCUCCACACCCCAAAACUAUAGCAUUUAUUUUUUGUGUGAGAUACCAUAUUGCCUCAGGCCACACACCCCUCUCCUCUGUGUCCAUAACCUGUGAGUCACUACAGUGACAUCAGACAAAAUCUGAAUGAAGACAUUUUACAAUCAACAUUGUACUGAUCAUCAGCAUUUCAUUAAAUCAAGCCACCUGUCACGAUGCUGUAAUCUGUGUUAAAUUCUGUGUUAUUCAGGCUUUGUGUCUCUGAAAGCACUCUAGUCACCAUCCACUUAAUGUGUAUGUUAUGGACAAUUUGUUUCAGAAUCACACUCAAGUCAACAAUUCAAUGUUUUAUGUCUAUAACCUAUGGAUUUUGUCUGGAGCAUUUUGUCCUUCAAUAUUACAUUCAGAAUUAUGUUAUCCCAUUUCAUUGAUGCAUGCAAAGGAACAUACAGUAUCUGCAAUUUGUAUGGCAUGUAUGACACCUUGACCUCCACCACAUCCCCAACCAAUGUUCCACUUCCUGGUUGUACUCUUUCCUGACUAUAUCUCCCAUCAUGCAGUCUGUCAGCCAAUAAAGCUGGCAGAAAAAGCAGAA